CCAGGAUCCGGAUCCACAUAUGACGAGUCAAAUUGUUCCUUUUAUUUAUUUUAUUUAUUUUGAAGAAAUAAGAAUAAUAUAAAAGGCCGAGACUUAGCAGAUAAAAUUUCCUUUUAUCGACGAAAUUCACCUCCAAAGAGGGACAAAAACAACCAGCUCUGCUUCUUCUAUUUCUCGCUCUCACUCUCUUAUCAGACCCCAAAGAUCUAAGUAUCCUCCUCCUCUUUAGUUUCUUGGAUUUUUGUUAGUUUAAUUUGCUUCACAAAUCCAAGAUCGGAGCUCCAAAAGAUUCGAGUUUUAACGCCGUAAAUUAAAAAAGUUUUUUUUCUUUGGAUUGACAAUUAAUUUAAGAAAGAGGGUGAUUUAGAAAUGGAUGCUGAUUCAUGGAGUGCUCGUCUUUCUUCAUCAUCUAAGAAAUAUCAAUCAGCUCUUAAAUCACGAUCUGAUAUGUUUAUGGGGUUUGAAGAAAUAGAUGGAGAAGAUGAUACAAAAGAAGAGUUUCCAUGCCCUUUUUGUUCAGAGUAUUUCGAUAUCGUUGGCUUGUGCUGUCACAUUGAUGAUGAGCAUCCAAUGGAGGCUAAAAAUGGGGUAUGUCCAGUCUGUGCAAUGAGGGUGGGAGUUGAUAUGGUUGCGCAUAUAACCCUACAACAUGGAAAUAUAUUUAAGAUGCAGCGCAAGAGGAAAUCACGUAAAGGUGGAUCUCAUUCAACACUUUCUCUUCUGAAGAAAGAGCUGCGAGAAGGAAACCUACAGUCCCUCUUUGGGGGUUCUUCUUGUAUAGUGUCUUCAUCCAGUUCAGCACCUGAUCCGUUGUUGUCUUCUUUUAUUUUACCCAUGGUUGAUGAUUUUGUUAGUGUCCAGCCUCACUUUUCUAACGAAACAAGCACAACUAAGAAAAGAUCAGACGUGAAUAAGUCAGAAAGGCUUCUUGUCUGUAAUGGACAUCUCAGAUGGUUCAACCCUGUGAAAAGGGCAUGCAAAUGUGGUUCUAUUUCUCUUUUUUGUCUCUCAAUGAGAAGCCAUCUUUCAAGCCAUUUUUUGAGAAGAUGGGGCUAAUUCAACAUUUUACUCUUAUUAACAUGCAAUGACUUUAUUUUAUACAAUGGCAUAUAAAAAUGCCUGUGUUUAUUAUUAGAACAAGAUGUUCAGGAUCAUAUCAUGUACUUGGGGAUUCAACCCCAAAACUUAUAUUUUGUUAAAGCAAAACUUAGCAGAGUGAUAUCUGCGUUGCUGGUCCAAACUAUGUCUUUAGUCAAGGACACCAUGUCUUGGCAUGGCUUUAUCUUCUGACAUAUGAGGUAUUUGGGGAUGAGACUUGAUGCCAUUCUUUGAGGAAGGGGAUGAGAUUCAUUUUGGUCGUCUCAGUUUUUGUUUAUUUAUUUAAAUAGUUCACAUCAGGCUUUUAGUAUUACAACCUUAAUCAAAGGAAACCUUCUAUGAUCACUGUUGAAUUUAACUUCUGGGAUGAACUUCUACAUGGGGAUUUUGUGUUUGUCCUACUUAUUCUUUUUAGAAGUAUAUCUUUGCAACAGUGUCUUUUUAUUUGUAUGGCGAGUUUUAGGCCUUUAUCAGCUCUGUCAUUCUGAUAU